AUGCCCGCCGUUUCAGCCGCCACCGGAGCGGCGCCUCCGCCGGCGAGCGCCGUCGUCGAGGACAUCUACGGCUUCCUGCGCGUGCUCGAAGACGGCACCGUCCUCCGGUCGGCGGCGGGGCCCGCGUUCUGCCCGGCCACCUUCCCCGACAGCCACCCGUCGGUGCAGUGGAAGGAGGCCGUGUACGACAAGGCCAAGAACCUCCGCGUCCGCAUGUACAAGCCGUCGUCCGCGGCCGCCGGCGGGAGCAAGCUGCCGGUGCUCGUCCACUUCCACGGCGGCGGCUUCUGCCUCGGGUCGUGCACGUGGGCCAACGUGCACGCGUUCUGCCUCCGCCUCGCCGCGGAGGCCGGCGCCGUCGUGCUCUCCGCCGGGUACCGCCUCGCCCCCGAGCACCGCCUCCCCGCGGCGGUCGACGACGCCGGCGGCUUCCUGCGCUGGCUCCGCGAGCAGUCCGCGAACGCCGCCGACGACGACAGUUGGCUCGCCGAGGCCGCUGACUUCGGCCGCGUGUUCGUCACCGGCGACUCGGCAGGCGGCACCAUAGCGCACCACCUCGCCGUGCGCGCCGCCACCACCAAGCGCGGCGAGCUCGACCUCGACCCGGUCACGGUCCGGGGCUACGUCCUCCUGAUGCCGUUCUUCGGCGGCGUCCGGCGGACGCGAUCGGAGGCCGAGUGCCCGGCGGAGGUGCUCCUGAACCUGGACCUGUUCGACCGGUUCUGGCGGCUGUCGCUGCCGGCCGGCGCCACCAGGGACCACCCGGCGGCGAACCCAUUCGGGCCGGAGAGCCCCGACCUCGCUGCGGUGGACUUCCGGCGGCCGGUCCUCGUGGUGGCGGGCGGACUCGACAUGAUGCACGACCGCGCCGUCGACUACGCGGAGCGGCUGGCGGCGAUGGGCAAGCCGGUGGAGCUCGCCGAGUUCGCCGGCGAGCCGCACGGGUUCUACACGCUGGACCCGGGGUCCGAGGCCACCGGCGAGCUGAUCGGCCUCGUGAGCCGAUUCGUACACACCUGCGCCGCGCCGUCAGAUAGCUAGUGUCGGUGCAUGCAUUAAGGUUUGUGCAUGAUGCAUGCAUCGAGGCAUUUUCCAAACUAGCUUGCCUGUGCACGGCAACUACUCCAUGCAUGUAUGUGAGCUGUGAGCUCCAGGUUAUGUACCGUAGUUCUGUUGAUGCCACGUGUCAGCUCGUGGGGAGAGCACAAAUCGGCAAGAUAGUAGUUGACUAGUUGUAGUUGUGUGUGUCUCUCUCUGUCUCUCUGUCUCUCUCUCUCUGUGUUGUAAGUUAUGUUGUGUUUUUGCUAUGCUGUGGGCCUGUGGUUUGCCCACAAGGGAAAUUCUGUUGAGGAUACUCUUCUCUGGUCACAUAAAAAAAAAGUGUGGCCACGUGUUCGCCAUCUUAUAUCCACAUGUUAGUUGUGUUUGACAA